AGUAGUGUCGAAAACACAGAAGAAGAAGAAAAAAAAACAACAAACGACGCUUAUCAUGGCGGACUCGAGCCAUAAACUUAUUAUUAAAGAUGCACCAGCAAAGUUUAAAUCCAAAGUGUGGACUCACUUUGGCUUUUACAGUGUGGAUGGGACAAAGGUGGAUAAAAACUUUACAGUAUGUAAGAUGUGUCUCCUGCAAAUACCCUACACGGGCGGCACGACCAACAUGCACAGCCACCUUUUCCGCCACCACCCUGACCUCGCCGAGACAACCGUACCUAUACCUGACCUUGAAAUAAGGUCCAGAUCUCUGCGAACUCCGUACGGAAGGGUACCAUGGCACCCAGAUCGGGUCAACAGUCUUCGACAAAGGAGGCUGAGACAGAAACUGGACUUCCUGAAGCCGUAUAUUGUUGGUAGACAAAGUGAUUACGAUCCAGAAGACAAGUCUGAUGAUCAUGAAGAGGAAGGCGUGGAGCUGGAGACUGAGGGGAGUUUCGAGCAAGGGACAGGAAGUAUAUCUGGUAGCCCACGGGAAACUCAUGAGAUGCUGCAAGACCCAGAUGAGGACGGGUUAUUAUCUGGCGUGUCCACUUCAGACCCUUCCUACUGUCCAAUUCCCAUAGACGCCGCGUCUUUAAGCGUUGACCCUCAGGGUGACGAAGGUUCACCAGAUGUUUCUAAUCAAUCAGCAGCAGCAAUUGUCCCCAAAGAGAAGGUACUCCAGCAGUUUGUCAACAUCAUGCUGGCAGAUAUGCGACAGAUUAAAAACCAAAUGGUGCUCAUGAAACUUCGCCGAGACAUCACCGAUCUGGUGUUCAAAGCCAUGGAGGAGGACAUGCAGAGACAUGUUCAAGUAUUCCUCACGCAGCAAGGAGCAAGCGCACCGCCACAGAGCUCCUUCAGGCCUCCGCUGUCACGCUGGCAAAGAGCUCUUAGGAGAAGAAACAAAGGGCCUGGGAAGCACAUCGGGAGGAUAUGCAGGAGCCAAGCGGGUCCUGCACCGGACGACAUGAACAAUACAAGUGUCCCUCAGGCUGUGGUCCAGGUUCCUGACAUUAAAUUAGAAAUAGAUCCGCAUAUGAUUAAACAUGAGGAGGAGGAGCUUCCUGUGCUAUGAUGUUUUCGUCAGGCUCACUAAUCAUGUUGAAGAAUGCAUGAUUUUGUUAUUACUGUAAUAUAUUUCUUAAUAAAUAUCUGUGCUAUAA